AACAUUCACACCUCUAUGGACUAAAUUGUUAUCUGAUAGGGGACCCCAAAACAACCAGUACAUGUGAGCGGGCUAUGCAUGUAGAGAUAAUUAGUUACUUUCAAUCAAAGCAGCCUAUAACGAGACACACUGGAACGCACUUUUUUUUUUUUUUGGUUUAAAUUGUUAAAGCUCCUGCUUUAAAAAGAUAUCUGAAGGGUGAUCGCAUUGGAAUAGAUGAAUAUCACAGAUUGCCUACCUUUUGUAGGAUAAGGCAAGAAGCGGCACACACAUAUCAGAGAAUAACGGGAUAAACCGAGUCAAGAAAAAAAGUUGUGUCGCCUGAUCAGCGCAUCGUCAUGCCGAGGUACAACUUUUUACUGUGCUUAAUGGUGCUCAUCUCCCUGGGACAGUCGGGGAGCGAUGAGCCCAAUCUGCUGCUGCCUCCUGCCAGCGAGAUGCCCACGGAUGCCGGGCUGUCUCUGCUGGACGAGGACGCUGGAGCCCAUGAAUGCUCUGCGUGUGUUUGGAGGGAGCAGAGCAAAGUCCUGAGGCUGGAGACCAUCAAGUCCCAGAUCCUGAGCAAGCUGCGUCUGAAGCAGGCGCCCAAUAUAAGCCGGGAGGUGGUGAAUCAGCUGUUACCCAAGGCUCCUCCGCUCCAGCAGCUCCUGGACCAUCAUGACUUCCAGGGAGACGCGUCUUCCCAGGAUGAGUUUAUGGAGGAGGAUGAAUAUCACGCCACCACGGAGUCCGUCAUCACCAUGGCCUCCGAGCCGGAGCCGCUGGUCCAGGUGGAUGGGAAGCCCAGCUGCUGCUUCUUCAAGUUCAGCCCCAAGCUGAUGUUUACCAAGGUGCUGAAGGCCCAGCUGUGGGUUUACCUGCGACCACUUCAGCAGACCUCAACUGUCUACCUGCAAAUCCUGCGACUCAAGCCCGUCACGGAGCAGGGCAGCCGCCACAUCCGCAUCCGCUCGCUGAAGAUAGAGCUCAACUCCAGAGUGGGCCACUGGCAAAGUAUUGACUUUAAGCACGUGCUGCAGAACUGGUUCAAACAGCCCCACACCAACUGGGGAAUCGACAUCAACGCCUUUGAUGAGAGCGGCAACGACCUGGCAGUUACCUCGCUGAGACCUGGGGAGGAGGGGCUGCAGCCGUUCCUGGAAGUGAAAGUUCUUGAGACGACCAAACGUUCUCGGAGAAACCUCGGCCUGGACUGUGACGAGCACUCCACCGAGUCUCGCUGCUGUCGCUACCCCCUCACGGUGGAUUUUGAGGCAUUCGGCUGGGACUGGAUCAUUGCCCCCAAACGCUACAAAGCCAACUACUGUUCUGGCCAGUGCGAGUACAUGUUUAUGCAGAAAUACCCGCACACCCACCUGGUGCAGCACGCCAACCCUCGAGGCUCCGCGGGGCCUUGCUGUACCCCAACCAAGAUGUCCCCAAUUAACAUGCUGUACUUCAAUGACAAGCAACAGAUCAUCCAUGGCAAGAUCCCAGGAAUGGUGGUGGAUAGAUGUGGCUGCUCUUAGGUUGCAGGGGAGAGGCACACUUGUGUACAGCCGCCAUCGCAUCAUACCACCCAAAACCCUUAUGGAGCUCUCCCCUGGCACCAGAUUUCACUUUUGCUCAGCCACAAAACAUCCCACUGAGCUUCCAUUUUUCCGGUAAAUAAAUUUAUUCUAAACAUUAAAAAAAAAAAAGUUAUAAAAGAAAUAAGAAUCAAAAAAGGACUGAGUAAUAGAUAUACAUUUUGAAUGAUUCAAAGAGGUUGUACUUGCGGAGCAGCUUCAGAAAACGGUAAAUGAGACAAAACUAUGUUAUAAGUGUUUGUUAGUUUUGUGGUUGUUUUUUUUUUUUUUCUCGAGAUUUUAUUUUAUUUUAUUUUAUUUUAAACAAUGGCAUCUUUGUGAAAUGUCCAGGUUAGUGGAUUGAGAUAACAGGAGACAUAAGCAUUUACAAUAUUUUUUUAAAAGCAAUUUCUGUCCUUAAGUGAGGAGUUAGAAAUACUGUGUUUCGCUGAUACACUUAAUGGUGGAAUUUGAUCCACAAAGAUGUUUGGAAAGGGGCCUGAUUGAUAUUAUCUUGCAACCCAUCACUUAACAAAAACUCUGCAGAUGAGCGAAAAGGAAAAAAAAAGCGACAACAACUCCUUACUUGCUCAUGAAUACUGCUAGGAUAAAUCCAAAAUCUUGUUAAGACAAUUGUUUAGAGAUGUGCUCUAGAGAUGUAAACUGUUAAGGAGAUCCAAAACCAAACCUACACCCUCCAUUAAUGUAUAACACCUCAGUGUGACAUUCUCGAGUGUCCAUGAAACCUUUCACAGUUACUUUGAUCUUCUUUUAUUUGUAGUCUUGUAAAACUCAAAAAGAAAAAGAAGAGAGAGGGAAGAGGUUAUGCUAUUUUGUACUCCAUCUUUUAAAGUGGACAAAUAAAGUUGUUAAUAAUAGCUAUUCUUUACACUCCACAGCUGUAGCUAAUAUUAUAGUGGAAACAAAGUUAGUUUUAACUUGCACACUAAGUUCUAAAACAAAACUGUAACAUAAAUGCACUCUGAAGUCAUCCUGUUGACUCACUGUGUGAAGCACUCCUACAGUAAGGAUGGACAAGUACUUUCUAGUCAGAUCACAUUUUAAUUCGCAAAUUUUUCUUUCUAUGUCGCAGAGAAAACAAAACACUUUAACGCCUUCCCUUCCACACCAUGCUUCUGUUAAAUGUUUAAAACAAUAAAUAAAAUGCACUGCUUCGUAGCUCGAAGAGGAAUGUGACUGAGCAUGUAAUAGCAAAACAGAUUGAUGGCAAAAUCUGUCCCUAUUUAUUAUUAUGAUGCCUUUCUCCGCUCAAGAAUACAGACGAGUGAUUCCGGUAUUUCAGAUUUAAGUUUAGAUUUAAUGAGUCGAAAGUAAUCCAGAAAACUGUCAUAAUACCACCCGUAGAGGUUUACACACUCUACAGUUUACAUUAAUGUCCAUGUGAUGAAUUUAAGGCAAAAUAGCAUUAGCUGCAUUACUUCUGUCAGGCCAGUCCCUUCACUCUCUCACUUUUUCUUAUCAGUGAUACUUGUUCGACAAAAAUCAUUUAAUAUGCAGAUGUACCGCACACAAAUACUUACCCCACCUCUGCAAAGGAAAAAAAACAACAAUAAAAUAAACUCCUUUAACUACAGUACUGUACACUGAAAUAACAACAGCUUCCUUUCAUAGAUCUCAUCAAACCACAUCACACGUGCAAGGGAAUGCAGCUGAACCGCUCUGUUUUAGUUUGGAGAGCUACUUUGAUUGCGUUUUGGAAAGCCCCCAUGCACCACUCCACCCCCAGCACAACCUCAGCUGUCUUGUCAACAUGGAGAAAAUAUUGGAAGUGCUUGAACUUAGAGUAGAUUAGUAAGCUUGAAGUCUGUCUUGUCUCCUGGAUAUCAGAGCAAAGAUAUCCCUUUGUUGUAAACGAAAGCACUAUGCUGUUGGAUAAAGGAAGAGCCUUCUGACAUUAUAUAUAAAUGAUAUAUGUAUAUAUUAAAAAGGGGUACAAAAACCUUUUUUUGGGCACUCUACCUUACCAACAAUAAAUUUUGCACUAUGGGACGUUUAUGGCGCGAGGAGGUGAAGUGUUGUUUGUGUUUUACCAAGCACAAGAGAGCUUGUACAGUAUAGGAUAAAAAAAAAAAAAAAAAAAAAAAAAAAAAAAAAAACUAUUCAAGCUUCUGGUGAUAAAGCAUGUGGAUAAACUAGAGAGGUUAUCACUUCUUUUGAUACCAUCACGCUUUCCUGACUUUUGUCUGAAGCGGGGGCCUGUCCAUACACUCACACACUUCUAUCCAAUCUGGAACCUGGACAUACCAGCGGCCUAAAAGGCCUCCUUGCCCACUUUGGGUGAUAAGUCAUGUGUGUAAUAAGUGUCUGGAUCAAUGAACAUAGAACGCUUUAACUGGAAAUGGCCCGCCCAUCAACUUCAAUCUGUUACCAAGUUAGAGAGACUAUGUCCUUUUGACUUUAACAAUGUGUUGACUGUCUUACAUAGACAUGUUUUGCCUUUGUAUGUAUUUUAAGUGAAAGCACCCAUGUAAGAAUGGGAGGAGUAUCCAGGGACUGAUAGCCAAAGUAGAGGAUGACAUGUUGUGUGCUGUAACUUUUUUGAUAGCAAGAAUUAUGCUAGAACAUUUCAAAGGGAGAAAAAAAAGAACUGGUAGGGGCAGUGGUUGGAAACAAUUUUAAAAAAUGGUCAAUUGUCUAUUUAUUAAUAUCAGUUGUAAUGCAUUUCAAAGUAUGUCUACCUCACUUUAGCCUUCUAAAAAUCUUUUUUAAUUUGAGAUUUUUGUCAUAAAUUAAUCUGUGCAAACGUGUAACCCAGAGGAACCCCACCCCCACCCCACCCGACCCCACCCUUCCCCCCCAAAAAAUGUAGAUGAAAACCACAGGGUCCCCUUGCUCUCAGGUUCAGAUUGAGUUAUUGACAGCUGUGUUGGGAAGAAUGACUGAAGUUAGUGGCUCUGGUAAUGUAUGUGGUCAAAAGAAAUAAUUAGCUGUGCCCAGAACUAUGGCUUAACUAUGGUUAAAGCUGUGGAGAAGUUGCAUUUUGAAUUUUAGUGUUUGUAUACUGGUAUGUGUGAGAGUGUUUUCAUAUAAAUAUAUGAGAGUAAGAAAUCUCUAUGUAAAUAACUACCCAAAUGUUGACAUUUAUGAUGUUUUGGACAGGUUCACCGCUUCUAAUGUUUUGCUCACUUUCCCCCCUUCCUUCCUCUGUUCUUUGUGUAGUAAAA